AUGGACCCACAAGCACUGCUGAUAACAGUUCGAGAGGGCACGGCUGCACGCACAUCUUGUCAUGGAGUACCACCUCCAAGAACUCCAGUUACUGUAAAGCGAUGGCAGCUGCUGUCUCUGCGGGCAGAGCCGCCUCCCGCCCCGGCGCCCCUCGGCGGGCCCGGCCCGCGCCCGGGGAGCGGGGCGAAGCGCCGCCUCCCGAGGAGCCUGGCCGCGGAGCUGGAGCUGGAGCCGGCCCGGCAGGAGGGCGAGGCGGAGAGCCCCGGGGAGAGCGAGCCGGAGGCCUGGGGAGGCGAAGGAGGCGCCCGGCCGGAGGCCAGCGGGGCUCGGGAUCUGGAGGGCGAGGAGGCAGCGUGGGAGCCUCUCCUGGAUCAGCGCAAAGCGCCAGCUGCCUACGGCCCCCCCAGCGCGCAUCUGGGCGGAGGGCACCUCUGCCCCGCGCCACCCCCACUCAGCCUGGUGCCGGCGGCUGGCAGCAGCCAUGGGGCUCCCCAGGGGCUGCCCAGCCUGGAAAGGACCUCGAGCCGGAGCCUGAGCCCCCCCAGCGCGGGGGCAGGAGAUCAGGCCCUGGGCAGUGCUGCUGAGACCUGCGGCGCCCCAGGGGAAGCUGGCAGCACCGAGGAGGAGUGCCCCAUCUGCACGGAGCCCUACGACAGCGGGCGGCACACCCGGGCCCUGCUCAACUGCAACCACGUGCUGUGCAGCGACUGCCUGCGCGCCAUCAUGGACCGGGCUGGCGCCGCUGACAUCGGCCGCGUGCGCUGCCCCAUCUGCCGCCAGAAGACCCCCAUGCUGGAGUGGGAGAUCUGCAAGCUCCAGGAGGAGCUGCUGCUGCUGCACAGCCAGCCUACCCCAGCCUCCCCACUGGCACUGCCCAUGCCGCCCUCGCUGCCGCCCCGGAGGCCAGGGCUCUGCGGGGCACUGGAGCACCACUUCCAGGUGCGUUUCCACACCAGCCGCAUGUUCGGCUGCCUGCCCUGCGUGCGCUACCCCCUGUGCCUGGUCAGUGGCCUGGGCAGCCUGCAACACCGCUGCCGCUGCUGCUACCUGCUUUCGCUGGCUGCGCUGCUGGCCGCAGAGACACUCAGCCUGCUGCUCAUCUUCCUGCCCAUCGUGCUGCUCGUGCUGCUGUUCCUCAUCCUGGACAAAUAGCUCUGAGAGCUGCACCCCAGGGCCGGGAGGCCUCUCCAGCCAGGCCAGAGUGUGGGCAGUGAUCAAUGGAGAGGAGGGGAUUGGAGGCAGGGGUCCUGGGGAAGGCCAGGCAGGGUGUUCCUACCCCCCUCAGGAGGGCUAAGCCGCAGGUGUUGGGCUGCAGUGUUCAGCCUGGGGAGAACCCUGGCGCCCUGGCCAGCAUCCCCACUCUCAGUGAGGCUGACUCUGCAGGCCAGGAGACACACAACUGGGCCGCAGCGAAGCCCUUUCCACCUGGGUUGGGCUUCUGUCCCCGCAGUUGGUAAGAAUAUAAGAAUGGCCAUACUGGGUCAGACCAAGGGUCCAUCUAGCCCAGCAUCCUGUCAUCUGAGAGUGGCCUGUGCCAGGCGCCCCGGAGGGAAUGAACAGAACAGGUAAUCAUCAAGUGAUCCAUCCCUCCAUUGAUGG